AUGGUUUCGUGUUUCUCCGUCGCUCCCAUACACAACGACAAGUACGACUAUUACAUCGACGAUUACAUCUCCGAUGACGACCCGAACCUCGACCCGGACGUACGUACGCUUCGCAAGGCGAAGCAGCGGCGGUACGAGGAGCGGCUCGCGAAGGAAGCGGCGAAAGCGGCGGAGGAAAGGGAGCGGAUACGGCAGAGAGUCGGGGGAGUGGUGGUGGUGGGUGUGGAUGUGAAUGAAAGCGGCCAGAAGAUCGUGGACUUCGCGAUUGAGAAUAUGGUGAAGCGAGGCGGCAAGCUGGUGCUCGUGCACGUCGCCACCGUCACUCCCCUCGUACAGCCGGGCCCAGGCCGCAGCGACAAGCGCGAGGUGAAGAGCAGGGAGCGCGCGUGGUGGGGAGGGUACAACCUGCACAUGUCACACGAGGUCGCGCGCCUGUUGAAACCCCACAGGAGGCAAUGCAGAGCGGCUGGGAUGGAGGUGGAGGUGAGUAUAAUGCGAGGCAAGUCAGUGCCACACACGCUCUUAAAAGAGGCCGCUCCCUCUCGUUCUUUCUUGCUUCUUCGCGCUCCCCCUUCCCUUCAGAUGGAGGUGGAGGUGCGUAUAGUGCGAGGCAAGUCAGUGCCUCACACCCUCUUGAAAGAGGCUGCUGCGCUUUCUGCAACCACGCUGCUGCUGGGGGGGCAGGGGCGGAAGGGCAAGGGCAAGGAGAACGCGCAGGGGGAGGGGGAGGGCGCACGGGAGGAGAGGCGGAGGGGGGAGGCUGCAGCAGCAGGUGCUGCAGCAGCAGGGGUGGCUGGGAUGAGUGUGGUUGGCGGGAUGCAGGUUGGCAAGUCAAGCAAGCUACUGUGCCCGGCGGCCCCCUCUAGGCUGUGUGGUGCUGGUGGUGGAUCCCUCCUCCUCAUCUGCUCCCUGAUGUUCGCCCCCCUCUUACCACCCUCCCGACAGGCAAUCAGGCCCCACCACAGCAAGCUACUGUGCCCGGCGUCCCCCUCUAGGCUGUGUGGUGCUGGUGGUGGAUCCCUCCUCCUCAUCUGCUCCCUGAUGUUCGCCCCCCUCUUACCACCCUCCCGACAGGCAAUCAGGCCCCACCACAGCAAGCUACUGUGCCCGGCGGCCCCCUCUAGGCUGUGUGGUGCUGGUGGUGGAUCCCUCCUCCUCAUCUGCUCCCUGAUGUUCGCCCCCCUCUUACCACCCUCCCGACAGGCAAUCAGGCCCCACCACAGCAAGCUACUGUGCCCGGCGUCCCCCUCUAGGCUGUGUGGUGCUGGUGGUGGAUCCCUCCUCCUCAUCUGCUCCCUGAUGUUCGUCCCCCUCUUACCACCCUCUCGACAGGCAAUCGGGCCACAACACAGCAAGCUACUGUGCCCGGCGGCCCCCUCUAGGCUGUGUGGUGCUGGUGGUGGAUCCCUCCUCCUCAUCUGCUCCCUGAUGUUCGCCCCCCUCUUACCACCCUCUCGACAGGCAAUCAGGCCCCACCACAGCAAGCUACUGUGCCCGGCGUCCCCCUCUAGGCUGUGUGGUGCUGGUGGUGGAUCCCUCCUCCUCAUCUGCUCCCUGAUGUUCGCCCCCCUCUUACCACCCUCUCGACAGGCAAUCGGGCCACAACACAGCAAGCUACUGUGCCCGGCGGCCCCCUCUAGGCUGUGUGGUGCUGGUGGUGGAUCCCUCCUCCUCAUCUGCUCCCUGAUGUUCGCCCCCCUCUUACCACCCUCCCGACAGGCAAUCAGGCCCCACCACAGCAAGCUACUGUGCCCGGCGUCCCCCUCUAGGCUGUGUGGUGCUGGUGGUGGAUCCCUCCUCCUCAUCUGCUCCCUGAUGUUCGCCCCCCUCUUACCACCCUCUCGACAGGCAAUCAGGCCCCACCACAGCAAGCUACUGUGCCCGGCGGCCCCCUCUAGGCUGUGUGGUGCUGGUGGUGGAUCCCUCCUCAUCUGCUCCCUGAUGUUCGCCCCCCUCUUACCACCCUCUCGACAGGCAAUCAGGCCCCAACACAGCAAGCUACUGUGCCCGGCGUCCCCCUCUAGGCUGUGUGGUGCUGGUGGUGGAUCCCUCCUCCUCAUCUGCUCCCUGAUGUUCGCCCCCCUCUUACCACCCUCUCGACAGGCAAUCAGGCCCCAACACAGCAAGCUACUGUGCCCGGCGUCCCCCUCUAGGCUGCAAUCAGGCCCCACCACAGCAAGCUACUGUGCCCGCCGCCCCCCUCUAGGCUGUGUGGUGCUGGUGGUGGAUCCUUCCUCCUCACGUGUCGUGCUGCAGUCAGGCAACGUCGACUUUCGCUACCCCAACCACCCCAUUCGCGGCCGCCACCGGCCCAAUGCUACCCGCGCCCGCACCCUCGGUGCUGGGGGUGCCGGUGCUGCUGGUAGCGGUGGUGCUGCUGCUUUGGAGGCUGCUGGGAGUGGUGGGGGUGGGAGUACUGGUGCUACAGGUGUGGUUGCUUCUGUGUCUGUUUCUGCGGCUGCUGCUGCUCGUGCUGCCGCUGUUGCCAUGGGUUCGAGAGCUCUAUCCGCUCAUCUUGUUGAGGCUGCCGCCUCUGGGUCAUCUGGAGCAGCAGGGGAGCAGCAGGGUCAUCUGGGCCACACACGUCCCACUGUUUCGCACAGUGCAUCAGCAGCAGCGGCAGCAGCAGCACCAGCUGCAGGGGUGGGGACAGCAGCAGGGCGGGCCUCUGUCAGCAGUGCCGUUGCCGCUGCUGCCGCCGCUGCUGCAGCAGCGAUCAGGGUCGCUACAGCCAAGAUUGCUGCUGCUGGUGCCGCCGCUGCUGCUGCUUCUGGUGGUGCUGCUGGUGCUGCUGGUGCUAGUGGUGCUGGUGGUGCUAGUGGUGCUGGUGCUGGUGCUGCUGGUGCUGCUGGUGCUAGUGGUGCUGCUGGCGGUGCUGCUGCUUCUGGUGGCUAUACACCCGUUACUCACUAUUAUCACCAGCAGAUCACCCCGUCGUCUUCACUCUCCUCCUCCCCGUCUGUCCUGCACACUCGCUCCUCCCAUUCCUCCUGCUCCUCCGCAACCCCCUCCCACCUGCCCUCCACUUCCUCUUGGUCUGCGAAACCAGCACGGGAUGGCGGUAGUGUUCAGAGAAGCAGUGGCAGUUUUAGAGCGGUGGAAGGGGAGGGAGAAGGGGAGGUUCGUGUUAAAGGGGUGGGGUCAGUGGCGGGGGGGAGGGUGGGUGGUGGUGCUGACGAUGGGUCUAGUGUUCAGAGCUACAGGAGUAGUCUGCAUGGGGUGAAGGAGGAGGAGGAAGAAGAAGAGGAAGAGGAGGAGGGUGAUGAGGAUGAAAGGGAGGAGGAGGACGAGGAGGAGGAAGAAGGGAGAAGGGAGGCGGAGGAGGAGGGUGGUGAGGAGGUAGAGGAAGGGGAUGGGGAGCAGAGGGAAGGGGAGGAGGAGGACGAGGAGGGGGAGGGGGAGGAUGAUGAGGAGGAAGAUGGAGGGCCCCGGGGGCUGAAUGGAUCGUACCAUUCUGGUAACCUGGUUACCAGCAGUAGCAGGCUUGUUACAAACAGUGGUGCGGUUACCAGCGGCAUGAGCGCAUGCUACGACGAGAGUGGGAGUGUGAGCCGAUAUGGCGAGGGGAGUGAGAGCGUGAGUCGGUACACAGGGAGGAGUGAGGGUGUGACCGGGUCAGCAGCAUCAGACUCCCACAUCACAUUAGUAGGAGGCUCGGAUGCCAAGCCCCCCGCCUCUCUCCACACGUCUGUCUUCGGGGAGUCAAGUGUCCCUCUGGCGGGGCAAGCACAGCAGCAGGCAGAGGGGGUGCAAGGGGGUGUGCAAGGGGAAUCUGCUGCUGCUGCUGCUGCUGCUGCUGCUGCUGUAGCGUCUCCGCUUGAUGUGCCGAUUCCUUCUGCUGCACCCUCUGCUGCUGCUCCUCCUGUUGCGUCUGCUGCUUCUUCUGUUGCGUCUGCUGCUUCUUCUGUUGCUGCUGGGAAGGGCACCACGCCAAUAUCAGUAGACCUCCUGUUUCAGCUCGUCUUUGCACACCAGAAUCCAGACACACAGCAGCAGCAAGGCCAGUCUCUAUCCUCCUCCACUCGCUCCUCUCAAUCCAUCACAGCCACACAUUCUCCCGCCCGCAUCUUUCCUCUCAAAGAGCUUGUUGCAGCAACAGGAAAUUUCGCUCGAGAGAACAUGAUAGGGAAGGGAGGGUACGCGCAUGUGUAUAAGGGGAAACUGAAGCUUACUAUAGGGGAGCAUACGGGCAGUGGCAGUGCGGUUGGUGGCGGUGCCUCUCCUUUACAAGCCUCUGUGUUGGCUAUAACUGGGGUGGCGAAUAAACCCGCUAUAGACGGAUCCAUUAAGUCGCCUAUAGAGGGUACGGUGGGGUACAUGGCCCCCGAGUAUUUUCUUAGGGGGCGGCUGUCCACCCACACUGAUACAUACGCGUUUGGAGUGCUGCUGCUGGAGCUUAUAACGAGUCGCCGGCCUGUGGAUCCGAGGAGGAGCAAGGAGGAGAUGGACCUGGUGCUGUGGGCCCUCCCUCUGCUGGGAUCUGGUAAACUGCACCUGCUGCUGGAUCCGCGAGUGGAGGGUGCAGUGGAUCUGCCCUCGCUGCACCGCAUGGCUGCUGCUGCUCUGCUCUGCCUGCGCCACACGCCCUCCCUGCGCCCCUCCAUGCACCAAGUGGCCCUGCUGCUGGAAGGGCACUCUCUGGAUUACCAGCAGGUGGGUUUCCUCCUGCCUGCCCAUUGCUGCUAG